AUGCCUACAAGUAAUCAAACAUUGACAACUUAUAUUCCUCGAGCGAUCUUAUCAUUUGAUGAGAAUACAAUCGACGAGCCAUCUCGAACCGUGAAAGAUAUAACAACUGAUGUCAAAGAACUCGUGGAUGUUACUCCUAAGGCUGGACUAUCUACAACAGCUAAAGUGCUCAUUGUUAUUGGAGUUGCUACCGUAGCUGCGGCUGUAGUUGCUGUUGGCGUGACACUAGGUAUCAUGCUGAAUGCUACUACAGAGACAACCCGUACAACAGUCACUACGACUACUACUACCGCCACAACAUCCACUACAACAACUGCUAUGGCAGCACCCUCAAAUCUCGUUGGUUAUCGAAGUAAUAUUAAUCAAAGUUAUGUUUUUGCUUUAACGGGAUCUCGUAGUGGUACCAUAUGGGGUACAAAUAUUUACACAGAUGAUUCGGAUCUUCCCACAGCUGCUGUACAUUCAGGCAUUGUUCAGUACAAUCAAACAAGCGUAAUCACGGUCACAAUAUUAGCUGGUCAAAGUAGUUAUACAAGUACUACUCAAAAUGGUAUUACUUCUCUUUCAUACGGCUCUUGGGGUGGUAGUUAUACUAUUAAACCGGAUAAACUUAAUAGGAUUGUGACGAACCAGUUGUUAAUCAGAACAAUGUCUUCAAUUAUAUGUAAUGUUCCUUCCGAUGUAUCUGUUCCUCCACGGUUCGUCGUUAAUCUUGAUUCACCUCCAAUGUUAAGAUGGCAACAUAUCUUACGUCUAUAUAAAGAUCAACUUCGUGAAGUUGAAAAAAAGAUCGAUUCAAUGGUGAAUGAAAUUGUUGGUCAAUGGAUGGGUCCUAUGCUUGAAAAUGUUCUAUCAACAAUCAUGGCUGGUAUAACACAAUUAGGACUUGUUUAUUAUGGACAAGAAUUGAAAGGUUUCUCACGUGACACGGGAAUGCCAUUAGGUAAAUUAGUAAUGAUACAAUUUGUUUAUGAAUGUUUUGCAUGUUGUACAUCAAUUGUGUGUCAAGAUGAACAAACUAAUACUCCAAUGCAUAUUAGAACUAUGGAUUGGGGACUUGAUUUUUUGAAACAAUUGACUAUUGAUGUUGAUUUUCAAAGGAAUGGUCAAACAGUUUUUAAAGGCACAACAUGGAUUGGUUAUGUGGGAAUUUUAACAGGAAUGAGAGUUCAAAAUGGUUAUUCUGUAUCGGUUAAUUUUCGACAUACAGGUGGACAAUUGACAACAAAUCUUAAAACUGCUUUAGCCAGUGGCUGGCCAAUUGGUUUUCUUGUUCGUGAAAUAUUAGAAUCAACACACAAUUAUGAAUUAGCUGUUGAACAACUUGCACAAUCUUCAAUAAUUGCACCAUGUUAUUUUACUAUAUGUGGAACAAGUCAAAGUAAGACUUUGGGAACUUUACUAACUCGCAAACAAACAUUAGAAGAAAACAGAUGGACAGUUUCUGAACAUGGUUCUAUCAUACAGACUAAUAUUGACCAUUGGAGUUCAGAAAAACAUGAAGAUAUUUUAUUUUCGAUUAAACGUCGAGAUUUAUCCAAACGAUUCUUGAGUCAGAUGAAAGGAGUCAAUGAAUAUGAAUUAUGGAAGCUUUUAUCGGAAUAUCCAAUAUGCAAUAAUAUAACCAUAUAUGGGACAUUUAUGUGUCCAGAAUAUGGUAUAUAUCAUACACGAUAUCCUCAAGAUAAUCGAGGAUUUCACUCACACGAAAACGUUCAAUUUAUCUCACUGACUGAUUUGAAAGAUGAUUUAUAUUGGCGAUUAUCAUCAACUUAUGUUUGUUGUAACUGUGGACGCGAAUUUGAUAUUAAUGACAAUCCUGGUGGUAAUUGUGUGCAUACUGGAGCAUGGCAUGCAACAUUUAAUGAUUGUUCCUAUUUAAAAUGUGGUUUUCACUUAGGUAAAAAAGCAUCGAUUGGUAUACAACACUGGUCAUGUUGUUAUUCAUUAAAAUCUCGAUCAGAUACUUGUACCCAAAGCAAUUCUCACACAUUUAUCAAACAAUAA